AUGACCCUGUUCAGCAUGUUCCCGCGCAAGCUGGAGAAUGUCGAGAGAGACGUAUAUAAGGCUAUCAUGGAUGAUCGAUCCUUGGCUCACUCUGAAAACCGCGCAAUGGGAUCGGAUAAACGCAAACCAUUGGUCUUAUAUAAAAAAGAGUGCGAUUUGGAAAUGCUGGAAUUCGACCCGAACAACAGCGAUAACUUGGACGACGUCGAGCCAUACGCGUUUAAACCUAACCCCAACCUAUUGAAGAUGAACAAUGCGACCGCUCUGGCGCAACAUUCUAACAAGAAGCACGCGCUGCAACUGAUGCUCCGAUUACGCCGAGUGCUGUUGCAAAACGCUGCCGAAUAUCUCUAUCGAUACCCUGAUGUAGCCCUAUCGCCGCUGCUGGGGAAGUGUCCUGAGGUGUUCGAGAGUCCGAUAUUUGAUGCCUUCAACGAGAACGUUGCGAUGUCUCUAAAGCGGCAUGGGGUAGACGUGCCCACCGAUCUUCCGCCCAACCUGAUGCUAGCACUCCAAACCUGGAACUCGGCGCAAGCAAAUGGAGUUGCAGAUAUCAAGCGAGCACUGGCCGAGAUCCAUGUGAGACUGGAUGCCUUUGAAGAAUGUUUCAUAGCCCAGCACGACCAAAACAACUAG